GGUGCGCGGAAUCGGACACGUUUCGGUAGACGACGUAAUGUUCCCUCGUGGUCCGAACUACUCCGAAGUGUAGUCAUUACUUCAUUAGUGAUUAGUCUGACUGUGACAUUUCCAGGUGCUACACCGAGCAGUCCCGCGAGUUGGGUUUCUCUGUACUUUACUGUUUUCUGUGUUUACCGUGUUACGUUUUAAGCGUUAUUGCAUCUUAUUAUUUAUGUGUUUCAGUACUACGCAUUUUCGAUUCACCACAACUUAUUGUGCUCCUGUGCGUCCACAUUAAUAGCUGUUUCUUGUUUUAACACUGAUAAAAAUGGACAAAGAAUUCAGAAAAAUUCCAAUCGAAUGCUAUCGUUCCAGAUUCGAUAUUAAUUCAAUGAUGGACCGACCCAGACAACACAUAAGGUUCAUCUCUCCGUCAAAAAAUGAUUCUUGUGGAUUUAUGGACAAUGAUACAGUCGAUGAUAACAGAUAUGGAUGUGAUAUUCUUAUAUCCGAAAAUGACAUUGUCCCAGGAUCCGGGGAAAAUAAUUAUAGUAUGUAUAUAAGAUCCCGGGGUUUUCCAAUACCGAAGGCUCCUGUGAAUUGCAAACUGAACACUCCCGUUAAUUACGCCACUGACACGAAGGCGUCAUACGAGUCGGAACAGGACGGUAUGCAAAUGUCGGUGAAAAAAUCAGCAACGAAAAGCCGUAGGAAAAAAAAGAAGAAAAAGAAGAAGAAGAAGAAGAAGAAGAAUGCUAUUAACAAAAAUAAAAUUUUAGCGGAUCAGAAAAAAGAGAAUGUACCAUUUAACGCUGGUUCUAUUCCACUGCUUGAAAUAUCAGAAGAAGAAAAUAUCUUCCCUGAUCUGCAAGAAGAGGAAGUUUCUAACAACGAUGCGACUAGAAGCGAAGAUUUGUGGGAAGUUUCCGAAAUUUCCGCGCUCUCCGAAGUUCCCAAAGACGACUAUGAUGUGGGUAUGUUCGUAGACGAAAUUGUAGUAAAUGAAGAUUUGAACUUGGAAACGGAAAAGCUGGCCAAUGAUAAAAAGAAAGAAUAUAUUACCAAAGCCGUUCCAUCACCGAAUAAUGAAUAUACGUCUGAUGACUGUAUGCCAAGUACCCACCGAAGGAGAAUGACUGUUGAACAAAAAUUAAUGAUGGGAUUGAAAAUCAACACACCAUUUAAAUUCUGUCCAUUUUGUCCAUAUAUAACUCUAAAUAAUCUCAAAAGACACAUCAUAUGUAAGCAUAGUUAUAUUAUGAAGGAGCCAAUCGAAAAUAACACAAAACAAUUGCUAUCAAAUUCAUCUAAGAGCCAUAAGUUAAUCCCUCUCAACACUGUUCGUGAUAUAGUGGGCCAUAACCUGUGGCAAGACCCAAAAAUGAGGGAAACACUGCACACUCUCUUAAAUAUGCUUCAAGUGGAACUAUGGCUAGGGAGUUGGGAAUUACCUAAUGUGCCAUUUGUUAAUCAUGUGGCACCAUAUGUCAAAGCUUCAUACAUGAAUUAUUGGUAUGAAAAUGAAAAUAGAGAAGAGAUAGAUGAUCCUCCACCAUCUCCUCCAUCAGUCAUAACAAAAUUGACCUCAAUCUAUUCGAAAUGCAGUGAACAAAACUUUAACUACAGUGGUCAUUUUUCUCAUGACAAUGUUGAUAAUAUGUCAGAAAGCAUUCCAAACGUUCCUAAUUAUUGCGGACCAUUAAUUGAACGGCUCCGGGACGCUGGUUUGCAGAAGAAGCUGAAUGCGGAUCAUCCACUUAUAUCACUUUAUCGUAAUGUAUAUAGGAUAACACACCCCUACCAGCCUAAAGCCAUCAAGAGGUAUUUGGCCACUGCCAGCAGGGUGUUCCGUUAUGUACAAGAUAAAUGCUAUCAAAAUGAAUUCCCUGUACACCAUUGGCUAGUGCUACUUCAGAAGCCGCAUUAUAUUAUUGAGUACCUGAGACUUCGCGAAAAACUUGGCCAAGCUACAAGAACCACCACAAACUAUUUACAAGUGUUAAAGCCUCUGUUUUCUCAUGCCAUGACAUUAUUUCCAUACGAAGAUGCAACGUUUCCUAUGGUUGACGGGGUCCCGGACCGUAGAGUGAUCGAUGGGUUCAAAUAUACGCUCGAUCAACUUCUAAUGGCGUUCCCUAAUUCCAUAGAUAUUUUUUUUUAAAUUUAAAAAAUAUAAAUAAAACAGACUUGUAGUUUUA